AUGGCAAGCGACAGGAAGACUGUCUCGCGCGCGGGAAGCAACACACCUUCGCCGCGCAAGAAGCAGCGCAUAUCCCCUGAACGAGCCGGAGAGAGCUCAGGGCCAGAAAAGGCAGAGUGUUCCUCAGAUGAGGAAUCGCCAGAGACGCCAUCGACCCGCAGAGUGACCAGAUACUCAGGUCUGUCGAAUCUGGCGCGUGUCGACUCCUUCACGCUCGACAGAUCGCCCCCUACCUCGCCGAGCAAGAGUCACCGUCUUUCGAUGUCGCCUACAAAGAGCUCGCCUCUCAAGAAGACCGCAUGGCCACCAACGCCCGUCAGUCUGGCCAGUCCGUCAGCUAGCGCAACUCAUACUGUGCGAGCUGCUUCGCGCUGCCCGAGCUCAGACGGCAUGCUACACGCAAUCACCCUACGCGUCGGCGAUGUAGUCAUGAUCGAUGGCGACGUAGACAUCGUCACAAGCACGGACUGGCUCGUUCCGGGCGUGCGCAGCAAUGCUGCUCGUCAACGUGAAAUGCAAGUCGAGCAGACGAGCGAGGAGCGCAGAUUGCUUCGAGAAUCCGAAAAGAGCUGGAAGGCGACCCAGGCAGAUUUCGACGAUGGACUGGAGGAUGACGUCAAGAUUGCUGUGAUAGCAGAUCUCUACAAGGACGAGCAAGACGAGAUGUGCAUCACCGCACAUUGGCUCGCCCGUCCUAAGCAUGUCUGGGCCAACUGGGGCGGCCGCGAAGCUUUCCAGGAGUUCUGUCGAGCAGAAGCGAUCCACAACACGCCCUUUACGACAGCAAAGGGCGAGCUCUAUUACGUAUGGGAUGCCAAGUACCAGGAAGUACACGCCAAGUUGGCAACGCUUGGCAGGUCGCGCAAGCUAGCUGCUCUUCAGUCUGCAGAAUAUGAGCGCCUCUCCAAACAUGCUGCCUCAAUGCUUCCGCAAGCUGAGGACAAGGUACACGUCUCUCACAUCAUGGGACACGUCAAAGUCGUCUCGCACGAAGAGUACCUCAAGAGCCAUUCUUCGGUGACACAGACAAGGCGUCAACGCAUGAUGGACGAAGACGAGCGAGACGAUACCACGCCUGUCUUUUGGGUUGGUCGUCUCUUCACACCGACGUUGACGCAUAACAUGACGCGGUGGUUCGACAAAUGGUCUUGGGACGAGAUCACUAUGUAUCAGCGUCAAAAUAAGACUUGGCAUAUCAACUUUGUCGACGUCAGGAAGGACAACGGCAGCAAGACUUCAAAGCACAAACAGAGCAAGAUUGCCAAGACAGUGUCGAAGAGACUUGUCGCGCCCACCGUCGAGGACGAGCUGCUCGCGUUCGAUGGCCAGGAGGAAUCUAGCAGCGACGAGGACGACGAUGCAGAUGCGUUCUCGGAUCACGUCACCACGGACAAUGAGUCGGAAAGCGAUGCUUCCGCUGAUGAGGCAGACGAAGCAUCUGAUGACGAGCUCGAGACGCCCGCACAGAAACGAGCAAACGCAAGAGCGGAUCAGAGGGCAGCAAAGCAUAAAGCGGCCAUCAUGGCACGCGCAAAGCAACUUCGACAAAAGAGGCAGGCUGCACGUGCGAUCGGUGCCCAGCUGCCUGCCAUGCCCCAGACUGCCCAAGCCAAUCUCAGUCUGUUCGAGCAAGCACGGCAGGCUCUACACGUUGGCGCCACGCCGGAUUACUUGCCAGGACGUGAGGCCGAAUUCGACGAGAUCGAGGCUCAUCUAGAGUAUGCGAUCGAGCAAGGCAACGGCACUUGCCUGUAUAUCGCUGGUGUGCCAGGAACGGGCAAGACGGCUACUGUCCAGAGCGUGAUCAAGGAAUUGCAAUCGCAAGCAGAGACCAGCGAUGGACGUGCAUUCCGAUAUCUCGAGAUCAACGGCAUGAAACUCAGUAAUCCGGAGCAAACAUUUGUCAAGCUGUGGCACUUUGUAUCUGGCGGGCAGAAGGCGUCGCCAAAGCAAGCGCUCGCUUCUCUCGAUCAGUACUUCAAGCAUCCCAAGCCGGGUCGCAAAACAUGUGUUGUGCUGAUCGACGAAUUAGAUCAGCUCUUGACAAAAAAGAACCAAGUCGUUUACAACCUCUUCAAUUGGCCUCAUCAGCCUCACUCGGGUCUCAUCGUCGUCGCGAUAGCAAACACGAUGGAUCUGCCUGAACGCGCUCUGCAAGGCAAAAUACUGAGCCGGCUUGGCGGGAAUCGCAUCACGUAUCGGCCUUACACGUCUGCUCAGCUCGAGAAGAUCAUCCAAUCCCGACUGGAGAACCUUGCGGUCUUUCAAAAGGCUGCAGUCAGCUUCGUCUCCAAACGUGUCUCGACCGUGUCGGGGGAUGCUCGGCGCAGUCUCGAUAUCUGCAGAAGAACGGUCGAGCGGGUCGAGCAGGCCAAUCUCAUUCGGCUUGCAAAAGGCGAGAAGGAGAGGCUUAUUGACCCUUCAGACAUCCUUGCGACAAUCAAUGAAGUCAACAACGGCGGUCCGGCGACAUUCAUCAAGAAUGCGUGCUACCAUCAGAAGCUGAUGCUCGUCGGACUUGCCUUGUGCAUGAGAAAGGCGAUACUGGAAGACAGCAAAGCAGCAGACGUGCCGCUCGAUACGCUCCUACGCUGGCAGACAAAGUACUGUCGCGACUUCGGCGACCUGACUCAGCCCACCAAAGGCGAACUGUUCGCGUGCUUGGAGUCGCUGCAGGCUGCUCAGCUUGUGCUCGCAGAGACUUCGCGUCACGAUAUCAUGCUGCGCGUCCGUCCAAAAGUCUCGGAAGCAGAUGUCAAAGCGUCGCUCGAGGACGACGCGGAACUGAACCUAGGAAGACUUGUGACGAGCAAGCUGAUCUAG